AUGAUGUGGAUUCAGAUGGAACAUCCGAAGCAGCUCACUUUUACAUUCAGAAACCUGACCAAUGUGGGGCUUUUUGGUAUCUUUCCUGAGUGUGAUCUGAGAUGGACCAUAUUUAUCCUUGAAGCUGCAGCUGCCCUGCAAAAUUUCAGAGUUUGUCUGUUGUCUCGAGAACGGCAUUCGUGUGCCAAAAUAGCAAAGGGCAUUGCUGAGAAGACCAAUUUGGUGUGGGAGCCAUUGAAGGAUUUGAAGCACCUGAACUUGAAGGUUCUCCAAAUGUCCGGGUUCGAGGAGGAAGACAAGGUGACAAACUACAUAAGGCUAGUCAUGGAGCGAACUGUGGGGUUGAAGAGAAUUGAGCUCCAUGGAGAAGAGCCAUGCGAGAAAUGCGACGACAUUGAUGACAUUGACCCGAGGAAGAGAUCCCAGGUGGAUGAAGCUCGCAGGCGUUGGAUUAAGGAGCGACUCACACAUGGGCCCUCCUCAUCCGUGGAGAUAAUAAUAUGCUGA